AUGGUUCAAGUAUCUGAAAUGUGUGGUGAAAACACUGAAUACUCAUCCAAUUUAUUGCCAGUGUGCGUUAUAAAUUCAAUUUUGAGCGCAGUGACAAUUUUUGGCAACUCGAUGAUACUCUUGGCAAUUUUCAAGACUCCUGGCCUACGAACAAAUUCCAACUUUUUUAUUGCAUCGCUAGCCGUUGCUGAUUUUUUCGUCGGUUUGGUUAUGAACCCGCUUUAUGCUGUUAAAGCGGGGAUGGCUGUCGACGUCAACUCGCACCCUCUAACCAUUGCAGCAGCGGUCAUAACCUUACAAACACUGACAGCUACAACAUACAACUUAUGUUGUGUGAGCAUCGAUCGAUAUCUGGCCAUAGUUGCCGUAUUCCGAUAUGAAAGCUACGUGACAACCGAAAGAUGUUUACGCUUUAUAGGUUUGGUGUGGGUUUGUUCUUUUAUUGUACCUUUGCCACGACUAUUUAUUACAGAAUUUCAUGCUCUUCCCAGGUUGUGGCUUGUUUCUUAUAUCGUGGUGUUUAUCGUACCGUUGUCAGGAAUCUCAUUUUGUUAUUUCCAUAUCUACAAAACUGCUUCAGCGCAAGCGCGAAGAAUUGCUUGUGAACACAUCGUGGACAGACGAGAGGCGGUUAAAAUUCGUAAAAACCGGAAGGCCACUUGGACAGCGGCUCUAGUCAUCGGAGCAUGCUUCGUGCUGUGGUUUCCAUCUUGUAUUUUGUCUUUUGUUCAAGCUUUAACAUCAGACGAAUGUUUAAAACACCGAAUUGACUCCAGUACAUGGUUCUGGGUUGAUACUCUCGCUUUCGCCAGUUCCGCGUUGAAUCCGUGGAUCUACUUUUUAAGAUCGAGGGAGUUUAAACAGGCCUUGAGGAGAAUUGUAGUCCAGAGUGGGGUGUACUGCAUGAUAUGUAAAUGUCACGGUAUGAAGGUUGACGUUGUUACGGUCACUGAUGAAGAAAUUCGAACAAGAGAUAAAGAACAGAAAAGCACAAUGAAUCCUCAGCAUCUUUCUUUAGCUGCCUCCUGAAUGCAUGGUUCAGUUUUUUACGAUUGUGGAGGUUUAGGUCUGAACAUCUCCUGUCUGGAACAAUUCAGGGCAAUCGACUUUGCUUUUUAAGAACACUGUGACAAGUAAAGUCUUUUACAGAUGUGAAACUUAAUUCAGGAGAUGGUUAUUACUAAAGAGAGUUACAAUAGUGCUUAGUAGAGGAUAAAUCACUUGGAACGAAAACGACCGUGCAGAAAACCGUGGGAUACCGUGACCCGUUUACACAAAACUCUGGUUUAUUUAAUCGUUGCGUAAGCUAAAAUUAUCCUAUCAAAAUUAUCCAUAUUAGCCCCUUGACACUAUACUAUAUGUUGUGUAAAUCAAUCG